AUGGACACGGCCAUUGAAGAGUGGGUACAAGUUUGCAACCAGUGUCAGCAAAGCAGGCCAGACCCCCCAACAGCCCCACCACAGAAAUGGGAAUCCACGGGUAAGCCAUGGUCAAGGCUUCACAUAGAUUUUGCUGGCCCAGUACAAGGGCAAAUGUUCCUUAUAAUUGUGGAUGCAUGGUCCAAAUGGCUUGAGGUGGUGCACAUGCGCUCAACCACAUCUACCGCUGUUGUACAGGCGUUGCGCCGGUUGUUCGCAACCCAUGGGUUGCCGGACACACUGGUCAGCGACAAUGGCCCUCAGUUUGUGUCCGAGGAGUUUAGACAAUUCCUCACAAACAAUGGUAUCCGGCAAAUGACCGCAGCUCCCUUUCACCCAGCUUCCAACGGGCAGGCCGAACGGAUGGUUCGAACAGCCAAGGAAGCCCUAGGAAGAUUGACCGAGGGGGAUUGGAGCGUCCGUUUAGGGUCUUUUCUGUUGCGCCAGCACACAACCCCCUGCAGCGCGACGGGCCGAAGUCCGGCCGAAAUGUUAAUGGGCCGCCGCCUCACCACUCGCUUGAACCGGUUGCAUCCGGACUUAAGCGAAGACCGGACCGGGCGUUCAUACACGCAAGCAAAUGUGCGCAUGUUUCAGGCGGGGGACAAAGUGUUCGCCCGAAAUUACGCUGCAGGGCAGGACUGGGUUCCCGGGAAGAUAUGUGAGUGCAUAGGCUCUAGGAUGUACUCGGUACUGUUGAAUGACGGCAGAAGGUGGCGGCGACACGUGGACCAAUUAAAAAAGCGUUGGUCCAAGGACAGCGCUGACUCUCCGGCUGGGUCCUCUGAAUUACUUUCCGAACCUCCCGCAAUGGAGGAAAAUAUGGAGUUAGCUGGUCCUGCUAGGCAAUUCACUGAGACUGAAACAACAGACCCGGCCGUACAAGCGCCUGACUCAGGGUCUGUGGAGCCCCAGUUAGAAGCUCCGCCAAAUGGACCUGUCACGCUGAGAAGGUCACAGCGUGCGCACAGAUCUCCAGCAUACUUAGCUGACUAUGAGUGUGGCAACCUGUUUGAAACUGCCUGA